UUCUCUGUGUACUCGCAGUACAUUGGUCAGAAAAGUAGGAGGAUCCAGCAGUGAGUACACAGCAGGCUACUUCACUUUUUUCGUGUCCAUGUAUUUCUUUGGUAGGCUCCGGUAAUAUGAUGACACAUUAGCGAAAUUGAGGAGGUAUCGUUGUGAGUGGAGCAGGUGAAGUUACGACGCGCUGGCAAAGGGUGAGGUUUAAACUUCACACAUUCAGCUGUUUGGGGGUUUGCCGUUACGUCUUUCCUGACUGAGCCAGUGUCGGUUUCGUUAGCCGAAAUAAGAGCAUGUGAAGCGAGCUGUCCGCGCACAGACAUGGAGACCCUCUCGGAGACCAGAAACGCAGAGGACUGCUUCGGCAGGACUUUUUCCUCUCUCACCGUCGACGAUGUGUACGAGAUAGCCAAAGUGAUCGGAAGCGAAGUGGAGAAACUCAUCGACGGCUACGGCAAAGAGAGCGUCGAGGGUCUUGUGCCGAAGAUAGUGAAAGUGCUGGAGCUGCUGGAGAGCUUCGCGUCGAGGAACCACGCUCACAAACUGAGGGAAGAGGAGCUGCUGAAGACCUUCGAGACCAUACAGCUGCAACAGCAGAAGAAACGCGGGGGGAAGGAAAACGACGAGAGCAACGAUAAACAGGAGAUACGGGAGCUGCAGCAGAAGGAGCAACAGUGGAAGAGGACGUGUGAUGAGCUGCAGGUCCAGAUCCGUCAGCUCCAGGAGGACAGGGAGGUGCUGCAGAGCAGGCUGAGAGGCAGCCAUGCACAGGAAGACCGUGUUCAACGGCAGGAGCGUGAGGUGAUGCUAAAGCUGAAGGAGGUGGUGGAUAAGCAAAGAGAUGACUUGAGGGCCAAAAGCCAGGAGAUAACUACUCACACCAAAGAGGUGGAGGCGCUCCAGGAGCAGCUGGACCGCUUCAUGAAAAUGAAUGGAGAGUUGCGACACAAGCAGAAUGUGAUGCAGGCCCAGCUGAAGAGCACUGUGGAGAGGAAGGCCGACAUGGAGGCCGACCUGAAGGAGAAAAGCAAAGAAAUAGAAAACCUCAGAGCACAGCUCGACAGAACCAACAGCAACACACCUUCCCAACCAAAUCAAACAGCACAGGAGCCAAAGAAAAAGUCUGAGGCAGAUCAUAAGGAUCCUGAUCAACCAUGCUUCACUAAGAAGGAGGUGCGUGACAUCCUUUUCGAGAGGAACGAGCUAAAAACCAACCUCUUUCUGAUACAGGAGGAGCUCAACUACUAUAAGAGGGAGAUACUGAAUGAGGAGAGGUGUCCAGGUUUUCUCUUAGAAGCCGUACGCUCUGCCAUUAAGAAAAAAAGAAAGCUCAUCAAGGCCAAGAUGCUCGGGAUUGCUGUGCCCGAAUGCAGCAGCAGUGAUGAGGAAGAGAGUAGUUCUCUGUGUGGGCAAACAGAAGUGGAUGGCACAGAAGUAAAUGGAACAGAGAAACCAGCUGAGUCACGCAUUCGAAAUCUCUUUGGCUUCCUGACGAGGUCAGGCAGCGUCCCGAGUCCCACCCACAUGAGCAACUCCGCCUCCUGCUGGGAGAUCAUCGGAGACUCCGAGGUCAAUGAUGAAGCAGAGCAGCUGAGGUCUUCCUGAGCCUGGUGGUACAGACCACAAAGUUUGCACUGUUUGUCAGCCACUUUCCCCUCACCUCAGUCACAACUUCUCCAUGGUUGUGUCUCAGGGCAAAGGUUAUGAGGACAUUUGAAUGCAGACCCAGGGCAUCAUAAUGGUAUAAAGAAAGAAAAUGUGUGAGAAUUUUUUUAAAACAAGCCCACCAGCUUUUUUAUUUUUUAAAAUUCUGUCUCAGUCAUGAUUACUUUAUGUUGCUGUUUCAUGCCUUCUCCUUUACCAUAGAAGGAAAGAAAAAAACCAAGGGGAACACAGGGUAACUGCAGCAUAAUAUCAGAAAAAAAUACUACAGUUUUCUGUACUUUAAGACAAUCAUGAUAUUUUUUAUUGUAGGAAAAAAAUUUAUUUUUGGUAAUUCAGAAAAAUCAAUUCAGUAUUUAUAUACAACCUCCAAAACCAAAGACAUAAUAGCAUCUAUUUAAAACUGAAAAUAUAUACUAUAAUAAAAAUACAUAAAGCAGUGAAUUAAGCUCUGUUCUUUUAACUAAUACAAAUAUUUUGACACACAAUUACAAUCUAACUUGUGCCUCAGCAGGGGAAUUUUAAAGCCAUGUGGUUACACUUUUUAUUAUGAUUUAAAGCACUUUUAUGCACAAAGAAACAGAAAAGUUGCAGUGAUGGCACCAGUUUCUUCCAGAAGUGAGUGCAUUUUAAACCCCAUAAGCCUUAUUUUAGUGCUUGUAGUGCAAAGAAAAAUGAAUCACGGUUCAUCAGUAUUUGGACGUAUUUGAUGAUGAUGAUGCCAUAACAGUGUGCGUUCAGCAUAAAGCCACUAUUUUAACUGUGUCUGACCCAUCUGCUCCCUCUAAACGUGUUUAAAAAAGCACUACUCAGGCAGGCCCGGUGGUAUUUUUAGAGAGAGAAUGUAUGAACACCCAGUAAAACCACCCUCUCCUGAAAGAAAUAUUGUGUUGGCAAUUUAUUUUUGUAAGCAUGUUUGUAAUGGAACAUUGUUUUUGCUGAGGUAAACACAUUUAGAAUGUCAUUUGUUAUCUGAGUGAAUUUUAUUAUAAAACAGUUGAAAUGUGUGAUGUUGAGAUUUCAAUGAAAAAAAACCCCAUUAAACACAGAAUAUAUUUACACAAGUGAUUCGAUC